CCCAGAGGAAAAACAAGGGUGCUAGCGAAACCCACAGAGAUCACUGCUUUCUGCUCUCCUAGCUAGGCACCUGCGGACAAUGCGGCUCCCAGGAUGGCACCAGGUUUCGCAGCACUGACAGUGGGGGUGUUGGUGUCCCUCUGCCUGCAGAUAUAUGGCGAGAGUCUGUCCCAACCAGGCAAAGUGCGAUUUGUUGCUGACAUCAUAAACCACGUACUGCACUGGACACCCGGAGUGAACCACUCCAGCGACAUGUUGUAUGAAGUGGAAUAUAAGCUGUAUGGUAAGUCUCCCUGGAUGGCUGUUCCAGACUGCACUGGGAUCUCUGGGCACUUCUGCAAUCUGACCUACCAGACAAUGGACCCUUCUCAACGCUACUAUGCAAGAGUUAGGGCAGUAUCUGGAAACCGCACCUCUGGCUGGACCAGGACGAACGCUUUUUCCCCAAAAGAAGCUACUCUGCGUCUAUCAGAUGUGAGUCUGUCUGUGACAGACAACACCAUCCACGUGAGCCUGCAGCAGCUGAUCCUGAGAGUGGGGAACGAGACUGUCUCAUUCAAAGACAUACAAAAGUAUGGUAGACAAUACAGAACGUAUGUCAAGCGGGCGUCAGACAAUCUCCAGCAGGUGCAGGUGGAGAGGAGAGAAGAGUUUGACAUCCCCAUGCUCCUGUGGGGCGAGCAGUACUGCGUCAGUGUAGAGCCCUGUGUCCUCUCCAGGCCAGUCCCCUCCAUCCGGACCGAGGAGAAGUGUGUCACGAUCCCCAAGAAGGACGAGAGCACGGGGAUUAUAUCAGUCAGUGUUGGCAUCGUUCUCCUCGUUUUCUCAGCCACUCUUCUCCUGGGCACUCUCCUACUCUGUGCAUAUAUAAAGCAACCUGUGAGGACACCAGCCAUACUGAAAUCUCUCCUAAAACCCUCUGGGUCAGAGCACGAGCACUUCCCCUUCGGGGCCAGGGACGUGGUUGUGCGCUUCGAUGAGGAGUUAAUCCAGCAACUCUCCGUGUGCCAAAAGGACACCGUGCAGCACCACAGCACAGACAGCGGCUCCAGCCCGGCACAACUGCCACCAGACAAGGCUUGCACGUUCCUGACCUCCCCGGAUGACCACGAACACCUGCUGGAGCUGGAAGGCCUAGCAGGGGGCGACAGCAGUUGCACCAGCACUGACAGUGGCAUUUGCCUACAAGACUCUUCCUCUGGCCUCAGCCAGUUCUCGGGCUCAGAGAGCCAGGACUACAAAAGACAGCUGCCAGGGAGUGACGACAGUGGCAUAAGCCUGGCGAGACAUUCCCUGUGCCUGACGCUCUCCUCCAGUGGCAGGGACUAUACAUCUGUGGAUGAGGCGCAGGACCAGCGUGAAAGAGAGUGUGACUGUUCCCCGCUGGCCAGGGGACUCAGCCAGGAGGCUGUGGAGUUUCGUGGGUACCUGAAGCAGACGAAGGGUACAGUAGAGAGGCAGCAGGACAGAGCUGAGGGACAGCUGCCCACCCAAAGCCCUGGUGGGACAGACAUCACGCUGGAGAUGGGUUGCUCUGAGCCUGCCCUAGCCAAAGGCUAUUUGAAGCAGGUGUCCCCAGGGCUCGCCUGCGGCAAUGCAGACACGGUGCUCGCUAGGGAAUCAGGCUCCCAGGGUUUUACAAGCAGGCUGGAGUGCAACAGCUCGAGUCUGCUGAACUAUGGGGCAUUGGGCAUUUCUGUGCCCUCGAAAUCCCUUCCCGAGCUCCCCAAGGUGCCCUUUGCAUUGGGCAUCUUCAACACAGACCUGCUGGGCACCCUGCCUCUCAUCUCCAGCUUACAUUCAAAUGAGCAGCUCUGCCUGGAAAUCGACUCUCUGAGCCUGCUGGGGUCUGAAUGCAAGGACAGUCGCCUAUAGGCCAGGCUGGGGCGAGUCUGCUCCUGGACUGAGUGACGUGUCACAAGGGGAGCUGCGAGCAUAGCAGGCUUUCUUUGUAGGACUUGUUCUUAACUACCUCAUGUAGCGGUGUCCCUGUGGGGGCAGCUACUGUGAUAAGCUAUUCCCAACACCAUGAAAGUCGUGCUGACAUCAGAACUGCUGAGCUGAGGCAGCUGCUGCGUGUCCCCCAUGCACAAGCGCAGCCUCCAUCAAACAGAGCCGCUGGCCAGGGCUUUCAGGGCAGAGAUUCGCACACUCUUUCUCCCACCCAUUCCCACUCAGACAGAGAACGUGUUUCUCCCCUGCUGGAAAUAUAUAACGUGUCUGUGGGGAGAAAAGGAUAGAGACAGUAAGUUGUAUUACAAUGGUGCAGCAUUUCUGCAUUGGACAUUAGUCCUGGGGCCCAGAGAUAUCCUUUUCCUCUCCUUUCUCACGCAAGGGCUGUUAGCAGCAGCAAGACCCCUGACAUAUUUAUGAGCGUUGUGUGUUGACUAUUGGAAAUGUUUUGCCUAUUUCGUUCAAAGAAAUGUUAUUUAAUUUUUAAAUAUAUAAAAGACAAAUGGUGUUA